AUGACUAUAAUGGGUUCACAAAGCCCAAACAUAGUGAAACUGUUGUUGGACUUCGACCCUCUCUCCCCAAAAAAGAUGGUUGACAUGAAGCUCUAUCAGGUGACAACUUUUGCAUUAUCUCAGUUUCUGUGCCUAAAACUGUGGUGCUCUCAGUUGGGGUCCUUGGCCAUGAUGAUGAUCAGAUCAGUGAUGACAAGUUGUUCCUUCUUCGAACCAACGCUUUUGUUUCUUCUAUCCAUUUCGGAUUUAGUUGUGAAAAUCCAUGGCCUUGGUUUUGGAAUCAACUACGGACAGAUAGCCAACAAUUUACCUCUUCCAUCUCAAGUGGCUGUGCUUAUACAAUCUUUGAAUGUGAGUAGGAUCAAACUGUAUGAUGCUGAUCCAAAUGUUUUAGUUGCCUUCUCCGAAUCCAAUGUGGAAUUCGUUAUAGGACUUGGAAAUGAGUACAUAGAGAACAUGACAAACCCUUCUAAAGCUCAAACUUGGAUUCAGCAGCAUGUCCAACCAUACUUCUCACAGACCAAAAUCACUUGCAUCACUGUGGGAAAUGAGGUAUUUAAUAGCAAUGAUACUCAGCUAAUGGUGAACCUCCUCCCAGCAAUGCAAACUGUACAUGAUGCCCUUGUCAGCCUUGGACUAGACCAGCAAGUUACUGUCACAACCGCCCAUUCCUUCAACAUAUUAUCCAGCUCCUACCCUCCUUCAUCCGGGGCUUUUAGGGAAGAUCUUGUGCAAUAUAUCCAACCCCUUCUUGACUUUCAUGCUCAAAUCAACUCACCUUUCCUCAUCAAUGCAUACCCUUUCUUUACAUACAAAGACAACCCAAAUGUGGUUCCCUUAAACUAUGUGCUUUUUCAGCCAAAUCAAGGCACGAUUGAUCCAAAUACCAAUUUGCAUUAUGACAACAUGUUAUAUGCUCAAAUUGAUGCUGUCUAUGCUGCCAUCAAGCAAAUGGGGCAUGAUGACAUUCAAGUGAGGAUUUCUGAGACAGGUUGGCCUUCUAAUGGUGACCCUGAAGAGGUUGGAGCUACACCACAGAAUGCAGCACUGUAUAAUGGUAACUUGCUCAAAAGGAUCGAGCAGAAACAAGGCACUCCUGCAAAACCAUCGGUUCCAAUUGAUAUAUAUGUCUUUGCACUUUUUAAUGAGGAUUUGAAGCCUGGUCCAGCAUCAGAGAGAAACUAUGGCCUUUACUAUCCCAAUGGUUCUCCAGUUUAUAACAUUGGAUUGAAGGGUUAUCUCCCCCAGAUGCCUAUGGCAGCUAAAUCCAAUAUUUUGUCAGUCAAUUUGCUUGUGUGUAUAGUUACAAGCUUCAUCUUUGCUUUGGAGCUUUCAAGAUGUUUGGAAUCGGAAUCAAAGAAGAGAAUGUCAGAGGCGGAGGAGCUGCCCCGGUCUAUCGUACGCCGCGUCGUGAAGGAUAAGCUGUCCCGAUGCUCUGAAGAUGGAGAAAUUUCAGUCAGCAAAGAUAGCCUUCUCGCAUUCUCGGAAAGUGGUAGGAUCUUCAUCCACUACCUUUCCGCCACGGCUAAUGACAUAUGUAAGGAGUCAAAGAGGCAGAUUAUCAGUGCGGAGGAUGUUUUCAAAGCUCUUGAAGAAACCGAGUUCUCAGAGUUUGUUCGCCCUCUAAAAGCUUCCCUUGAAGAGUUUAGGAAGAAGAAUGCUGGAAAGAAAGUGGCAGUGUCAAAGGGAAAAGAAGAUGAGCCGAGAAAGAAAAGGAAAUUAAAAGCGGAGUCAUCUGAUAAAGGUGAGGCUUCCAAUAAGAGUGACUCGUCUGAUAAAGGGGAGGGUUCUGUUGAGGGUGAGGAUGAGGACGACCAAUGA